AUGGCUCCUAUCCAGCCAACACAUUCAGGGCCACCGGCGGCUUCAGUUCCAGAAGUACAAUCACGGCCAUUGCAACGGCGGUGGAGAAAAAGGCACCUAGAGCCCAAGAGGCGGGUCAUCGAGGCAAAGAGGGUGUGUCUGGACCAGGAGGGACCCGUCAGCCCAGAACUAGGCACACCCAACUCAGGACACCUUCCCUGUCGGUCCGACGAAGAGGAAGGGAGGGUAACGGUGGACACAGACGAUGUUAUCGAUGUGGUCGCUGUGGAUUCGCUACAAGGCCACGGCAACCAUGGCGACCGCCCGCCAGAGCCUACCUCCGAGGUAGUGGUAGACGUUUUAGAAGUGGAGUCAGAAGCAGGGACGGGACAGCAGCAGGCGGCAGCCAUCGCCUCUGUCAAAGCCUCGGAGACGGGCCAGGAGACGAGGACCGGGGCGGCGUUGAUGGACGAAGACGAGGAGGUCGACGUCGAGGAAGAGGUCGACGUCGAAGAGGAGGUGGGCGUCAAGGAGGAGGAGGUGGGCGUCGAGGAGGUGGACGUCGAGGAGGAGGUGGGCGUCGAGGAUGAGGUGGGCGUCGAGGAGGAGGUGGGCGUCGAGGAGGUCGACGUCGAGGAGGAGGUGGGCGUCAAAGAGGAGCUCGACAAGGAGGUCGACGCCGAAGAGGAGGUCUGCGUCGACGAUGAGAUCGACGAGGAGGUCAACGUUAAUGAAGAGGUCGCCGUCGACGUCGGGGUGGAUUCAGAGGGCGGCUUUGAUCCGGCGGGGUCACCUGAAGUCGACAUCCUAGCGCCUCCCACCGGACCCGGCCUCACCGUGCACCACUACUCACCGGGGAAAGACGUAAGGGCGGUCUCCUCUAGGAAGCGUUUCACAGGAGCGGCACCUUCGCGCCGGGGUUCAGGGUUCAACCUGGGAUCCACGGGAAGUUGGGAGGAGGAGGAGGAGGUCGAUGAAGAGGUGGAGGUGGAUGUGGAUGACACUGGCGGUUGGAGCCCCAAGCCCCCUCCUGCGUUCAGCCUGGCCCGGAUGUUAAAGCCUGAGCUGAGGGAGGAAGAGGAAGAUGACGUUGAUGUGGUGGGAGGAGAGAUGGCCUGCAGUCAGUCCCAGGGCCUGUCGUCCUGUCCCCUGCCAUAUAGACAGCCAGCCAAACGCACAUAAACCUCAAACUGCAGCUACUGGUUGGGAAGAAAGAUCUCCCAGCAAAGUGGGAAAUCUGCGAUCUAACUAGAUUGACAUCGCUGUUUUUUCCGUUCUAAAUGUUAUUGCUGUGAUGUAAAAAGUAUUGUUGAGAAUAUACGUUAAUUAGUCUUUAAAAGCUCUGACGUUUCUGCCAAAAGCAAUGGACUCCCAAAGCACUUAACUUUAAAAAUGAAAACUGCAGCUUUAGUGUUAUUGUCCGUUCAAUUGUUUGAUUGCUACCAUUCUUUAAGUACUUUUAAGUUGAUUUUAUCAUAUGUGCUAAUUUGUGGUAGGUUAUUGUGUUUAACCCAUAGUGUCAUACAGACCAAACUUUAGAUCACUUCAAGUGAUCCCGUUGUUAAUUUUAUUUAGAUCCUUCAGUACCUCAGCAUAUUCUGGUAUUUAAAUCAGGGAUCACAUUAUUUUGUACACCCUAAACCAAAAUAAAAAUAAGAUGAUCCGCUGUCA